AUGCACUCGCGACUGACGUGGCUUUUGCUUUUGAAGGUGGCGCUGCCCAAGGUGCAUCAGGUCUCGGCAGGAUGUUUGCCUGAUCAAGUGAAGGCUUGUCGGAUGGACUGCCCCGUGCAGUACCAAGACCCGCGGCGUUACCUCUGUCCUUGCUACAGUAAAUUGGGCCAGUGUCUGGUGCGUAUCGGCUGCAGUAUGAAGCAGCGAGUGGACGUUGCCGCAUUCUGCUCGCGGCGCGGGUACUGCAAGGACGGCUACUGCAACUUCCGCGCUGGAGACCUCACGCCGAGAGGUGAUACCCGCCCAGAGGUGUUCGAGCUUACGUCAGUGAAGACACCUGGCACGCCCUGCAUCGACAACUGCUGCCCCACUUGGACUAACUGCUCGCAGGACUCCACAAUGCUGGCCUUGCGGAGCCCCGGUCGAGUUUAUCGACAAGAGGAGCUACUGCUACCACCACGAGAGGGCGACCCCAGACUGGGUGUGAACCAAAACUACGACCGCAUGCCGUACAGUAUCCCGCUUGCGAAUCUGCCGUAG